UACGUCAACAAGAAGUGACGUCAUCCUACAUCGCUUAGCGCACCUUUAACCUAAAAUGUAGGGGGUCAUGUUAUAUUCUGCAAACCCAGGAACCAACACUGUUAACGUCACUGAGGACAUACAGUGUGACUUGGAUAUGAAUCUACUUUGCUGGGGUAGUGGGGACCUUGGCCAGACUGGCCAUGGCAGGCCGGGGAACAUCGGUCCUGGGGAGGCCCAUCUGAGAGAGUUUACAGCGGCAAGGCUGGGCAGAGCGAAGCUACUGGCAUGUGGAUCCAGUCAUUCCAUUGUGGUUACAGUGGACAACAAGAUCUUUGCAUGGGGGAAUGGCACUAGUGGACAGCUGGGUGACGGUGAGAAGGCAGUAAAGGACCAGCCAGUCGAGGUGAAGUUGCCACAGGAACUGAACGUUGAAGGAAGCAAGGCAGAUGUGGAUGUCGUCAACAUUGUUGGUGUGGCCUGUGGAAGCAGACACUCCUUCAUAUGGACUGAAACUGGGCGGGCCUACAGUUUUGGGAACAACUUCUAUGCCCAACUAGGCUAUGACAUCCAGAGGCUUGACUUCAAAGACCACCAGCUGGUACCGCGUUUGUUCCAGAAUCUCCCAUCCUCUCUGAAAAUAUCUCAAGUGGCCUGUGGAGAGCGACACACUCUGUUUGCGCUGGAGGACGGCCGUGUGGCGGCAUGUGGGCAGAAUGAUUAUGGACAAAUUGGCAGUGGUUCUGAGGAAAAUGUGGUCCUCCCUCGCUUUGUGGAGGGUGUGGACCAUGUGUCAAAAGUCACCUGUGGGGCAAACCACAAUCUUGCUCUGACAGGUGACAGCAGGUUGUUUCAGUGGGGAUGUGGACGGGCAUGUGGGAACAGAAAAAGGAACAUCCUUUCCCCAGAGGAAGUAACGCCACCAAGGUUGCCAGUGAGAGACAUUGCUGGAGGAUGUCGGCAUAGCCUGCUUCUAACAGAUGGUGGGAAUGUCUUCUCCUGGGGGAUGGGGCAGGAGGGACAGCUUGGACUUGGAGAGGACGGGAUUCAUAUCUCCACUCCUUGUCUUCUCAGCUAUUCUCAGCUCACUGAGGUCACACAAAUACAAGCAGGGGACACCUACAGUGCAGCCAUCACAGCAGGUGGAAAGCUGCUUCUCUGGGGUCAGAUCCCCUGUGUGUCCCGGGUCAGUGAUCAUCCAGGUCUCAAAAAGCUCUCGACCCCACAGCCUGUUCCACUGGCAGGCAAAAAGGUGUGUGAUGUGGCCUGUGGUACCUGGCAUAUGAUGGCCCUCACCACAACAAGCAGAGAGGAGAAUAGUGAAUGUGCUCACUCCGAAACUGAAGCUGGCUUCAGAGACCUUGUCAGCAAUCCCCUGCCGAAGGAGCACACAGAGAAAGAAAACACAGUGCAAGACUCCAGGCAGGUUCAACACAAGAUGCUUCGUGGUCUGGAGAGACCAGAGGGUUCUGAGGAGCACAAGAAGGAUGAAGAAAGUGAGAGUUCAGAGGAAGGACAAAGACUAAAUAAAGAGGAGGGAGAUGGAGCAUUACACGAUUCAGCAUUGGCCGUUACCAGGUCUGCAACUUGGAUGGACAGGCGAGGAAAUGACCAUGCAUCAAUCAAAUACAACCAAGGGGAUGAGAGGGAAAGUUGCAGGACAGCAGCAUCAUUGGAGCUAAGGAAAGAACCAUGCAGAAGCAGAAGAAGCAGAGAUGUUGAAUUCACCACUUUGCACCUGUUACCCAGGUCAGAAGGACAGCAAUGCAGGCCCACAGCCAGCAGCUUACCCCGGCUACUGACAGGACAUCAAGCCCAUAGCAAGGUUUUAGAUGAGCUUCGGAUGGUGAAAUCUACACAUUUGACUGAAUUGGUCCACAGAUCUGACAGAAGUGACAGCAGCAUUUGGCAGAGUCCCAGGCUCAGACCCAAACCCACACCUCCUGGGACAGAUCGUGGUAGCCUCUUUUCACCAUCCAAGAAUUAGACCACAAACUGGCCUCAAGUGUCCAAUUGACAAUUCUUCACCCGGUCUGAGCCUUGGGCAGCAAGCUUGGAUGUCCCCCCCCCUUUCAUCCAUCUGGGACCAUGAGUCGUGACUUCUCUAUCUCCAACUCCUUCCUCUUCUGAAGUAUUCAGGUACUGUCCUACACACAGAAGGGCUCUGUUUUCCCUUGGCAUUUUCGGAAGAAUCUGUAAGAAUUCACAGAUCCUGUUCUCUCCAACAGUAGAAUUUAUUUGUUUUUUAUGCCACCCAGCCACCCAGAUAAUACACAGCUCAUCCAUAAAGUCAUCAGCGUGAAAAGCAUUUUUACCCAAUAGCCUUGAGAAAUGACAGGCUAUGAAGAGAACAUGUGCACUCUUUUAUCUUCUUGAUAAUGCUUUGCUGUACACCACAUACAACGUUAAACACUGUUGGCUCCAAAGUGACUGACAAACAGCCUCUUUUACUUUGUAAGAGCUCUCUAAAACAGACUCCAGUUCAGCAUUAAUGGGCUCCACUUUACCUCACACUGUGAUUUGGCAAAUAUACUCUUCUUACAAACCAUCUCAGUCAACAACACUCCUGAACCUUGACCUCAUCUGAAAGCAUUAGACUUUGGUCUUACAGUCAAAGUCGUGUGUAGGAGCUGCAGAGUCCUUGAAUCAGCACAUUUCAACAGGGUUGAGUUUUUUUUUACCCCGUGUACUACUGCGUACUACUGAGACGCAUUUCUUUUUAAUAUCUUACAGUAUGUUGUUUAUUAAAGACAAAACGCCCUCUCAGAUCUUGGCCCCUUGUAAGGCAUUUCACGGUGAAGUGUUUUCAUGGCUGCCUCUGCAGAAUGAGUCACAUGUGCAUGCUGCUAUGGCUCUUUUGAGUGUUAGUGGAAAUUGAGUUGUUGCUGAGAUAAUACUAUAUGAUGAGGCUUCUCAAAUAAGUAGGAUUAUUACAGUUUCCUUUGAGUCUGCUCUGGGUUUUUUUAAUGUUUUUUAGUGACAUGUCCUCCUUGCACACUGUAUACAAACUGGUCCUGUGCCACAGUGCAGAUCACAACUGCAUGAUAAUUCCUAUUGUCAUGAUAAGUGGAGCAUAUACUUUUAUAUUUUCAUUAUCUACAGUGCGUUCAAAAAAAAGGACCUUUUGUCAAUAACUUGCCACUGUGUAACACAUUGGCAGUGUUCGGUUUAAGACACUCCACGUGCCAAGUGAAAGUAAAAUGAUUUCUUAGUAAUAUUACUUUUUAAUACCAAGUAAUGCAGUAAUACUUAAUAUUUAAUCACUUUAAUCAUGGAUUUUACAACACGAUUAAUGAUAGAACAUUUUCAAUCAAUGUGUGUAAGUUGAGUCAUGUUUAAAUUGUGAAUAGAUUUGCUGUUAUUUCGGUUUGCUUUCAUCGCACUCGUCAGUACACCUGGACUUAAAGAAUCCAUAUAGACAUCAAGACUAUUCAUUACCUUGGUCCCAGUGUUUAAAAGGCAAAAAGGUAACUAAUGUUGAUAUAUUUCAAACUUUAGCAAAGGUAUUUAAAAGGGUAUUGAAUUUCUGCUCCAGGACAGUGAUGAGAUAAAAAAAUAAACGUGCGUUUGAAUUGAGUCUCAGAUUUGCUUUUGUGAUUACCAAACCCAACACUGACUACACACAGGCAUGCAAUACUAAUGGCAUUGAGACAUUCACCCUCAUCCCAGCCCAUCGCCUCCUACACUCCCUAUGGUUUGUUUUUGUGUGUGUGAGUAAGUGUUGGUUGUGUGUAUCACGUCUUUGCCCUGCAAGACUCCUGCCAAUCGAUUCAAGGUGAGACCUGUCGAUUAAACACCCUGAGCCGUGCUCUCUACCUAACCCCAGGGCGAUUCAAUCUCACCCCUUACACACACAUGCACACAGCCGUACCCAAACACACGCACACAUACACACCCACCUCACCUGUCAUCCAUCGAUAUCUCCAUCUGGACCUCUAUUGAUCCCUUUCAUCCAUCCUCUUCACCACAUGCAGUGCAACAUCACGGCCAAGACAACAUCCGUGCAGGUUUAAUUUCUGACAGAUUUACAAUAAAGCUCAAGUUAUUAUUUAACUCUUCCAGCCGCAGUGUGCUCUUUGAUUUAGCACCCUGGGAGAGGAUGAGUUACAGCUGACACGGAGAAUCUGCCGGGGCUGGAAUGGUAGGCACCCGGUUCAUAACUCAGCAGCCGAAUGUGUAGUUAGUCAAUCACUUGAUCUGUAAUCACAAAUGCUGCCAGAAAUUACAUGAGUGAUGAGCUGUAAUAAAAGCACUUACUUUUCCUG